GCGGACAUCCGCGUCGCCCCGCGCUCCCUCAAACAAACGCCUCCGUCUCACGUGGAUGCGUUCCUAAAAAGGGCGGUUAGGCGGUUUUCACAGCGGGUGCGGAAAUAGAACGCUCCCACAUCGUAGACAAGUUGCAAGGCUGCGGAAGUAAACCGUUGUAGGUCAGUGUAAAAAUGUGCAACUAUUAGAACGGAACAGGUAAUGCUAGUCAGCGAGAUUGCUAUGAACCGAAUUAACGUCACAAGGUGUGUGUCGAGAGUGAUGAAUACCUGUACCGUGCCUCAUAGGAAGUGCAAGCGUCAGGAUUCGCUGUUACGCGCUUCGGAUAACCCGCUUGGAACCAGAGUACACGCCCAGUGGUGAACUGGUGUAGCACAGUCCAGUCUUCGCAGUAGCGGAAAACAAUGUGGCACCUCAGUGGAUGGCCUUUGACGCUCCUCCUGUUGGGGCUGACGCUGCUGCUGUUGGUGGUCUUCUUGAGAGAGGUGAACUCCUACUGGCGCAAGCUGGGAGUCCCCUACGUGGAACCGACGCUCCUCUUCGGCAACGCCGCUGGUCUCUUCUUCAUGCGGGAGAGCUUCGCCGCUUUGAUCGAGAACGUCUACCGCCGCCUCGAAGGGUGCCCUGUCGGAGGUUUCUACUUGAUGACCCGACCGUAUCUGCUGCUCAGAGACCCUGAAGUCAUCAAGAAGGUCAACCUGUGGGACGAGAGAUAUUUCCAUGCCAGCUCGGCGCAGGUGCGCUACUGCGGCUUCCGGCCGGCCUCGCACGAGGUGCUGCGAGACACCGCGGUCCACACAGAGGUGCGCCGGCGCAUCGCGCUCGUCUUCGGGCCGGAGCGCACGCGGCGCGUCUUCUGCCUGCUGGAGGGGUGCGUGUCGUGCGUGCUGCAGCACCUGCAGGCGGCCUGCCGCGGCGCGCCGGGACCCGUCGAGAUGCGCCCGCACCGCGUCUUCGCCGGCUACGCUACUGACGUCAUCGGCCGCUGCGCCUUCGGUGUCGAGUGUGGCGCCAUCGACGACCCGAGCUCGCAGUUCCUGCGCAUCGGCAUGGAGGUGUCGCAGCCCUCUCGCUGGGACCCUCUGCUGCCGUGCCUGCGGCCGCUGCUGCUACCCCUGCGGUACCUGCUUCCGCGCUGCACCAUCAUCUCGGAGGGCCAUCAGCUGUUCCAGCGGCUCUUCCGCGAGACCGUGCAGCACCGCGAGCGGCACGGCAUCCAGUGCGAUGACGUCAUCCAGCUGCUGCUGCAGAUCAAGAAUGGCGGACUCGUGUCGCCGUGCAGCAGUCCGGCCCUACCAGACGCGACUGUGGACGAGGCGCUGGCCUACAAGCUGUUCGGGCUGUUCCUGGUGGGCUUCGAGAUGACGUCGUCGGUGCUGAGCUUCUGCGCGUUCGAGCUGGCCGCCGACCAGGCCGUGCAGACGCGGGCGCGGCUCGAGGUGGACGCGGCGCUGCGCCGCCACUCGGGACGCCUCACGUACGACGCGCUGCAGAGCACGCCCUACCUGGACGCCGUCAUCACCGAGACGCUGCGGCUGUACCCGCCGAUGGGCGUGGCGUGCCGGCAGGUGGCGGCGCCGUACGAAGUGCCGGGGGCGGCGGCGGGGGCGGCGGCGGGGGCGGCGGCGGGGGCGGCGGCGCGCCUGCGGCCGGGCGACUGCGUGUGCGUGUCGGUGGCGCAGCUGCAGAGGGACGCCGCACACUUCCCGCAGCCGCUCGCCUUCCGGCCGGAGCGCUUCUUGAGCGGGCGGCAGCAGGCGCCGGAGCACCAGUCCGGAGGCGGCGGCGGCGGCGACGGCUGCUACCUGGCGCUCGGCUGGGGCGCCAGGCCUUGCGUGGGGAAACACUUCGCUUUGGUGGAGAUGAAGGCGGUGUUGGCAGCCCUGCUCUCGCGCUUCGAGCUGUACCCGAGCCUGCGCUCCGGCCGCAGGCCUGCCAACCCUGAGGGCGCCGGCCGCGACCUGUGGGUGCGCGUCACACCGAGGAUCUGGUACAGUGACGACUGACGUCCAGGUCUGCCAACUCUGCGAGUGCAGACCAGACCUCUGGGUGUGAGUCACGUCCAGAUGGGACACCGGUGGAUGAAGCCAUACCUGACACCCUCAAGGGACCAAGCCACGACUUGUGGGUGCCACUAAAGCCAGGGAUAUGGCACAUCGACCACUGCCAGCUCUGAGAACGAUGACAGCGACCUUCUGGUGCUGGGCAUGGACUGCAUCUGGUACUACAAAAGAUUAUGUCCAGGCCAGCCAGUUUUAGUGGCGACAACCUUGGUACACCUGAGUACACUUGUUGAGCCACACCGAUGAUGACAUUAUUUGACCACUGCAGAACUGAUACUCUCACCAGAAAAGUACCUGUGCCUAACGGCAUAAACACUCGUUUUUCCAUGACAUGCAAUGUUCUUCGGUUUUUUAGUGUGAUACCUGCAGUAGCGCGCAGAGAACGUAUUAACGCUUCUGACACAGUCAUUGUAACGAUGUUAUCCUGAACAUAGAUCUG